AUAUAGAAGAAUUACCGGCGGCGAUACAAGAGCAGCUGUUCUCGGAACUAUUGGACCGCGACGCGCAGCAGACGCUCGAGGCCGACCCGCCGCUCAUCAACUGGAGCAUAGAGCUCACCGUCACGCUCGGGUCUCGUCUGUACGCGCUGUGGAACCGAUCGGCGGGCGACUGUCUGCCGGACGCGGUGUCGCAGGCGGCGUACGGCGUGUUCGACCGCAACAACGCGCUCCGCACCGCGCUCGCCGACUCGCUGCACCACGCGCACCGCAGUUUCUACGAGCGGUGGCAAGCGUGGGAACGUUUACAAGCAUCCCUGUUACAUUAUACUCCGGAGGAGGGUCAACUCAGGGCUGAGUGGAGUCGGCUGGUGGCUGCAGCCGCCCGACCCAGCACUCCACUGCAUCAGGUGCACGUGUUCGCGCUGGCACACGUUAUGCGGCGGCCCAUCAUCGUGUACGGCGUGAACGUAGUCAACUCCUUCCGCGGCGAGGCGCUCGGCUACGCACGCUUUCAAGGUAUAUAUCUGCCACUGCUAUGGGACAUGCAGUUUUGUUCGAAGUCCCCGCUAUGCCUGGGUUACACGCGCGGACACUUCUCCGCACUCGUGCCCAUUGAGCCUUACUCACACAGGCAUACCUACAUCUGUCGUGAGGAACAAGAUGAAACAGAAGACGUGACAUUCCUUCCACUCACGGACUCUGAGGGAAAACUGCUGCCUGUGCACUUCCUCACUUGCGACGAGAUGUCUGAGGAGGAGGUGGUGGUGCGGCGCUGGGUGAGCGCGCGCGCCACGGCGGGCGGGGCGCUCGCCGCGCGACAGCCGCAGCGCGCGCGCCCGCUGCUGCAGGCGCAGAUGCUGCAGGAGUGGCUCAACCACUACCGCCGGCUCGCUCAGCAGACGCGCGGUCCGUUCCCGCCGCGACUGUCGACGCAGACGCAGCAGGCGGCGGCGGAAUUCUCCUCGGAUGCCGACACCGACGACGAGUGACGCCCCCCGCGGACCCCACACCCCCGAGACCCUCAUAGCCCCGAUCCCACAACACAUUUUCGUGCCACACCACGUCGCCUCGACAUGCUCGCAACCACAACACUACAUUUACCAUUGUGAUGUUGAUAUAAAUAGUUUCAACGUUCAUCUACAUAUAACCGUGUUCAAACACCAUAAUAAAUUUACCAUUCAAAUUUAAGGUACGCUAACACCAAAUAUGUAAUCAAAUUACUUUAAUUGUAUGUAAAAGAGUCAAAAUGUUUAUCGACAUCCACUAAACGCACUAUGUGUACAACUGACUUCGUUUAUAGGAGGCCUUGUACAUCUCAUUGUUUUUGGAGUUACCUUUUUAAUUAAUACAAAUCAUAUUUAGUGUUAGUUGAUUCGUAUUGCAGUUAAACGACGUAGUGCAGUCAUUAAAAAUUAAUGACAUAUUUUUAUUGUUACGUGAAUCAGAAUUUGAAAAAGAACCGUCGUGAGUUUAUAAGUAUUGAAUACAGCGCUUGGUGUAAACAUUUAUAGCUGUUCAAAUUAACGUCUUUUUUUACUCUCAGAUAUUAUUAACACGUAACACUUGCAUCCAAUUUCGAUGUUUAAUAACUUGAAAUAUUACGCUAUGUGUCGCAGUCAUCCUUAUUCGACUUUACUCUAUGCUAUUAAUACUUUAUUAUCUGUCGGGAAAUCCACAAAUUAUUUAUUUUCAUAACUUUCUAUAAUAAUAUAAUUGCCUUAACAAACAAAAUUAUUCUAGUGUAACAUCAUGUUUUAAAAUCUUGUUAAAAAUUAAUGAAAGGUAGUCGCAGCUCUAAUUAUUCCGGUUUAUAUUAACGUAGUACAAUUUACUUAUUAAUGUUUUAAUCAAUUAUAUUAAUAAUAGUUGAAUAUAUGUACAGUUUAUUUUGUGGUAAUAUCGGACAUUGAAGUUAUACGGCAAGCUAAUGUUUUUAAUAAAAAUGUAGCGUUACUGUUUUAUCUAUCGUAAAAGUAAAAAGAGGAAAUAAGGACUCGUGCGUAUGAAGUUUUCUAACCGCUCGAGGUCGAGCGGCGAUGCGGGACGUGUGGCACCUUUCAUACGGUCCCAUAUAAAAGUUUCCCCGCCUCCCGCGCCGCCGCUCCUGUCCGUGCGGUAAAGCCUAAAUGUGACACAAUAGCCGUAACUUGUUAUUUAUUGUAAAAAAAAUGUUAGGAAAUAUCGAUAAAAAUUCGUGGCUGGCGUCUAAAAUUUUUAAGUUUCGAUUUGAAAUUUGUAAACACAGUUAUAUGGAAAUCAUUGAUAAACGCGCUGAAACUGCAAGGUCUAUAUACAAGUGUAAUAGUUAUCGAAUACAACACUUGCCUGUAUUGUAUUCAAGAAGUUAUUAGCGUGAUGAUAAUUUUAAGUGAAUGUGAAUUUGGAAUUAAAAUUCAGGUAAUAUUUUACAAAUCCAACGCUUAAAAUGCCAAGUUUGAACUAGUUCAGCCUCUGGUAACCACGAGAUUCAGACGUGAACCUAUAUUUUUCACGAUUUAUCAUAUGGAAGGCGUUUUGCAUUAUCUGACCACGGGUUGAAGGAUGCGAAAGUGAGAACCUCAUUCGCAUUUUAGUCUAUCGCUAGAUGUGUGACUCGUUCCUUUACCGGCCAUUUACUAAAUGUGUUGUCAUCGCCCCAGGCUCACGAUUUGCCCAAAAAACAGCUCGUAAUGCAACAAGUUAGAACUUUAACGGACGAUUUUAAUAAAAUUUCCCAGCCUAACUACACAUCAAAGCAAAUCAAAAUCAUUUGUUCUGAUUGGUCCACUUUCGCUAUCGAGGUAGCGACUGAGAUCAUUUAUUGAAAUCUGUCGUUAAUAUCGAAGUAGAAAAGUCCUUUGGAAAUCUCGUACACAAUAUUACAGUGUUAUUACAUAGAAUUUAUUAUUAUCUUCUCAACAUACAGAAGAACAGUGUGGUAACUACUGUGAAUAUAGUUUUAAUCACUUCAUACUAUGUUAAUAAGUACAGAAUAGUACAAUGUAACUCAACGAGUUAAUACAACAACAAUGUCUACAACAAUGAUAUUUGUUAAAUUACUCAUAAUACUGCACGGAAUUAAUUCGCUAGAUGCGUACUUAUUCUACACUAACAUUUAAGGUAUAUGACGAAUCCUGAACAAGAGCGAAAGAAAUGGAUUUAGAUCUAUUCAAAUCGGUUUUGUGUAAAUUGUCCUAAGUGUCUACUAUUAAUUGAAUCACGUUUUUAAUUUAACUUGGCUUAAACAUCGUAUCGUAUCUGUCUGUCUGCAUUGACCAACUAGAUAACGAAUAAGGGAAUCAAUAAAAUCGAAAAUAUUGCUCCACUAAUUUAUUUUAAAUCAAAGAGCGUCUAAAAAUUUGAAUCUGUGUAUGAAUACUGUCAUCAGUAUUAGCGUUCUUAGAUACUAUAGGAGUGCAGGUACAGAACCAGCUCAAAACGCAGAAAAUGCGGCAAUUACUUGGCUAGUAUAUUCCAAAAAGAAGUAGUCUACUAUUUGGCACUCGUGAAUCGUCAAAUGGCUGUCGCACUAGUGACGUCAUGUCUAUGUCCGAUUGACUUUAAAAAAAAAUGUAUCUUGCGCAGGAGCAGUAACAGGAGUUCAAACGUUUUAUUUUAAAGUCGGUUAAAUCAUAUAGUAUAUUUUAUACACGUUUAGUCUAAAGAAAUCAAUAGCGCUAGUACAAAUGUACGCGUUUAUAUUAUGAUGAAAAAUUAUUUGCGUAAAGCGCAAUCUUUUGCGAAGCAAAGAUGAAAAUCAAAGCGGAAUGAAUUGAGAAGUCUAUUAACGCAACUUUGUAAAUAGAGUGAAAGGAGCUUUUGGUAACGACCGACAGGAUGCGUCUUACAACACAAAUGUUCAAAACUAGAAUAUUAAAAUUCACAAUGUUAGUAUAAAGGCAGUAAUGUACUUGUAAGAUUAUUGAAAAUUGCAUACGAUAAUGAAUGUCAAUAAAAAUGCCAUUCAUGAUUGUUAUUUUUGGUAGCACAUAGUUUAUUGACAUUUUAAGUUGUUUAAAUGCAAAAUGGUAUUUAUGUUUAGAAUUCCCUGGCGCGGUUCCAAAUGGGCGCGCCGCGACAGGCAGUUUUACUGACAAGGAAGAUAUUAGUCAUCUAAAAUAUUUCAACCAUUCAAAAGAUGUAACUUCAGUGAAUGAUACAGUUGCAAUAUGUAUUUUUUCAUCAACUACGUUUAGUUGAUUCAAUAUAUAAAAGUUAGUGUAGGACACGCGUUCUUUAAUGUAAUCGAAUUGCAAUAGAAACUUGACACUAAAGGAAAUCCAAACUUGGAAAUCGCUCGUUACCAAAAGACGUCAAAAUAUUCUAAUAUUAUUUAUAUUAUAGUUUUGGGUUGUAAAUAAAUUUAAAUUGGUUUGCAAAGUAAUAUGAUAGUUAGAUGUAUAAAUUGAUACGGCUUAGUGCGUAACGCGGUUUAAUAGUUUUUGCCUUCAAGUUUAGAUGUUUAUAAAUUAGGUACUGUUUGCAAUAUAUUUGGGUAAGUAAUUGAAUCAAACGGAUCGGCUCAGUGGGAAAAUCAUAAAUUACUUAAUCCUCGUAUAUCUACUACGUUUUAUGGGCCUCGUAUUUCAUACUGGUGGUGUUACACCUAUGUAAAGAUACUGUCGUAUGGAAAGAGUAUAAUUUAUUUGCCAACUUUUUUAUUUGUUAAUUUUAGAAAAUAUCUAUAGAAACGUUGUUUAAAAUUAUGUAUAGGUUUUAGUUUUUUUAACCAGUCAUAAAACUAAGUAUCGUAUAACAUCGAGCACAUUACAUUUAUUGAGAUGUCAAAAAAAUUAUAUAAUGUUGGUCACAUCAAAAGAUAAUUUGCUGAAAUAUGAUACGAAUUAUAUGAGAAGAAGCAACUGACAAAAAUAUUCAUAUUCAAACAUAAAUUGAGAGUUAAAUUCUUAAUUAUUUUUUGGCUUUGGUUCGAAUAAUAAAUUUCUAUGUGUACCUACACAGUGUGUGUUAGCUACCCAAGUUUAUAUACACCAACAAUUGUAUGACUGAUUUAAUUUGUGAUUUUCCUCGAGCCUAGUGUAUAGGUAUUCUAGUAUAUGUUACGAUGCAUACUAAGAUGACCAACACACUGGAACCUUAAUGUGCAAGCGUGGCGUCCAUUGCCAAGAUAUAGAUUUUUUUAUGGAGACUAAUGAAGCGUAGAUUUAGAUCAGCAACAACUAUGUCAAAUGUACUUGCUAGCAGACUUGCUUGGCAGUGAACGGCACGUUUCGUUAACUUGCAUCGCUGUAGCCGAUAGGCAAAACGGUGUAAAAGCUUGUAUUCAGUAAUUAGAAAUGUUGAAUCAAAUAGAGUUAUAUUUUUGUUUAGGUGUUUUUCUCCCUAAAUCUGUAAAUAAGUUAUUAGGUACUUCCAAUAUUGCAGAAUAACACUAUUCGGGCUAGUUUUGUUUUCAUUCACAUAUUUAAUUCAAAUUAUGUACCUAUACCUACUAAUUUUAACCAAUAAAGCACUUAUUUUAUGAAGCUGUUC